AUGGCAUCGAAAACUACAAGUGGUCCCGCGCCGAAUUUAGCAUCACUCGUAGCGAUCAAAUCGAAAAUGGCUGCAAAAGAUAAUGCUAACCCUGGUGCUGCGCAAAAUCAAUUGACUCCUUCCAGUUUCACCGGUGCUCUUUCGACCGAGAGGAUAAAUUAUCGCCAAGAUCAAUUGAACACAAAUUCCACAGCAGCAGCCCCUACAAACGAGCCACCAAAAGUCAGUCGAAAAACCAAACAACUCGAAGUUUCUCAAUUGGAUAAGAAACUCGCAGAAAUUAACCGUAAACAAGCAGAAACAACAAAUCAAACGCUAGAUACGUGGAAAACUUUCGAUUCGGUUAACUACGGGUUAGGAGCUCAAGCAAAUAAAGAAGAACCAACGGCUACUCAAUCUAAAACAGUAAAACAGCGUACUCCUUCACCCGUGUCGGAGAAGAAACCUUCGCAAACACAACAAGAAGAGAAGGCAGCUACUAAACCAGUGAAAGAACAAUCUGUCGAGAAAAACCGAUCAUCUUCACCGAAAGAAACCGCAGAGAAACGUGCUGAUGAUAAUCUUAAGAAAGACCAAACAAGAUCGAGAUCACCGCUAAAGAAAGAAGAACCUCGAAAGACAACUCCUGAACAACAGAAAAAGACUAAAAGAUCUCCAUCCCCUACGGAACAGGAAAAAGCUAAGAGAUCUCCAUCUCCUGUGCAAAAGAAAAAGACUGAAAAACCCCAAACUCCUCCACCGACGAAAAAACAUGCGGAAAAGGAGUCGACUACUCCACUGCUAUCAGAGAAAACUGCUGACAAGCAACAAACACCUCCUCCUGCACGAAAGAAAAGUGCGACGAAGCGACCGACGUCACCAAGUGUUGAGCAGAAGCCUACUGAGCAAAAGCCAACAUCUCCACAACAAAAACGAACUGUUCAAAAAGAACCGGAUCCUGUUUCAUCUACUCAAGAGAAGCGUACCGAAAAACAACCUUCUCCUGCACAUCAAUCAACCGAAAGACAACCGCCUUCGCCAUCUCCGCGUCGUUCGAAACCUAAUUCUGCGUCUUCAAUGAAAAGAACCAAUACUGUCGAUCCAAUACAACGAAACUCUGAGCUGAUUCCAAGACCUAAUCCUGUGACUGAAAACGUCAUUCCAUUCUCAGUAGCAAUGGCGAAUCCUCAAAUAUUUUCGGCUAAUAUUCCAUCCUUUGAACCCACUUACGCUGCGCCGAACUUCAAUAUAUUUCCUGCCAUAAAACCAAAAGAAGUAACCGUCACUCGAAAUGCUUGCAAGAGUAUUCAACGAAGUAUGGAUCGAUACCGUUUUCACGUGUGGUGA